AGUCAACUGGGUGGGACUUCCAACUUCGUUAGCUGAUACCUCCUGGUGACCCUGUUGUCGUCAUGUCCAACGUCAUCAGGAGUGAUCAGCCAAUCGUGAAGAAAAUGUACUACUUAAAUUGAGAUUGCCUCAAUGGUGCUGCCACAGACGCAAAAAUGGCACACAUACAAAAGGGAAGCAUCCACUCCCUAAAGACGGCACCGUGUCUCUCCCGGCUCCUCACCGGGGAAGCGCGAGGCCGAGUCGUGCGAUGAUGGAGGACUUCGACGAGAUCUACGAGGAGGAGGAAGAGGAAGAGGACGAGGAGAGGGCCGCUGAGGAGCAGCUGCUAAAGUACGCUCCAGACCCGGUGGUCGUCCGAGGAUCUGGCCACGUCACUGUGUUUGGACUCAGUAACAAGUUUGAGUCAGAGUUCCCAUCGGCACUUACAGGGAAGGUGGCGCCAGAGGAGUUCAAGGCCAGUAUGAACCACGUUAACGGCUGUCUGAAGAAGACGCUGCCAGUGAACGUGCGGUGGCUGCUGUGUGGCUGUCUCUGCUGUUGCUGUACACUGGGCUUCAGUCUCUGGCCCGUCAUCUGUCUGAGCAAGAGGACACAGAGAUCCAUGGAGAAGCUGUUGGAGUGGGAGAACAGCCGACUGUACCACAAGCUGUGUCUACAUUGGAGGCUGAGCAAGAGGAAGUGUGAAACCAACAACAUGAUGGAAUAUGUAAUCCUGAUAGAGUUCCUACCCAAGAUCCCCAUCCUCAGACCGGACUAGCCCUCCGUGGGCUCCACCCACAUCCUCCCAUGGUGCCUCUCUUCACUUGGCUCAGUCACCUAUCCAAAAUGGCCCCCUCUUUCCUCCCCUAACCAGCCACAUACCCAUGAAACUACACCACCAUUUUGUGUUUACUGGGUAUCGUCUGACUUCUCUAUAUACCCAGAAAACACCUGUUUACACCCUAAAGGCCCUCCCCCUUCUCUGAUAUCAACCUUUGACCCCUGACCUAUUGACUGUCACCGGUUUGUGGGUGGUCAUUGGGAGACCCAGCUCAGAAAGGUGUUAACGGAACCAUAGAACUGUGGAAUUGGAGAACGUGGACUCCUAGCUCUGGACCUGCAAUGAUGAACCCCUCCUCCUCACACCCCUUCCCUGUACACGAGGCACAAUCUUUAAUCAGAUUUAUACCCCCUUAUAUUGUUCCCCAACCUGAACUAUGAGACACUCCGUGCUGUUCUAGAACCUCUAUGGAACCGCUGAGGUAACAAUCAAAUGGAUUAGCUACGGAACUUCUACAGAACAUUAACAGAACUUCUAUAGAACAUUGACAGAACUUCAAUGGAUUAGCUAUGGAACUCUGACAGAACAUCAUUAGAACAGCUAUGGAACUCCAACGGAACAUUGGUAGAACAGUUGUGGAACUUGCAGCAUCAUCAGCCUUUGACUAGUCAAGUGUAUCAGUAGAAAGAACAGCCAAACUAAACACAGAGGCUACGUCUGAAAUGGUACCCUAUUCCCUAACAGGGCUCUGGCCAAAAGUAUGGCGCUAUCUAGGGAAUAGACUGCUAUUUCAGAUGGAAGCCCUAGACUCCCCUAUCUCCUCCCAAUAGGGUGUCAUUUCAGAUGGAAGCCCUAGACUCCCCUAUCUCCUCCCAAUAGGGUGUCAUUUCAGAUGGAAGCCCUAGACUCUCCUAUCUCCUCCCAAUGGGGUGUCAUUUCAGAUGGAAGCCCUAGACUCCCCU